CGGCGAUACCCGUAUAAAUUCCUAUUUUCACCUCUUCUGAUCCCAAAAUUAUGGAGGAAUCAAAGAGCAGUGAACCAUCUCGCUGUCCGUGUGGCUUUUGGGGGUGUUUAGAUACCAAGAUGGAUGACUAAUCUUUUUCCUUACUAUGCUGCAUCUUACUCAGUCUCGGAUCAAUUGUCACCCAGUACAUUGGGACUUUGCUCUACAUGCUACAAGGCACACCAAGAAAAAACCCAAGAUGCAUUGAAAAGUACACCAGACCACAUGAUUAGGAAACAAGAUUCUGGGCGACAGCUGAUGUCUCGAUCACAUGACCUGGAGAGCACCAACAACACUCCACAACCUAGCUCAUCCAAAGCAAGUUCUGUACUCACCACUGAGAAUCUCUCAGAAAAGUUACAGGAACACAUGAAACAUAUACCUGUGACAGAAAAUGUGUGUAUAGACACUAGCAGUGAAUUACAGACAACUUGUCUUACCACCAAUAAAAACUAUAACUCUGCCAAUAGUGAGGAGAGCAAUGCAAACCAGAAUGGAAAGUGUAGUGAUACAGACUCGGCGCAAGCAAGUGGGUCGGAUGAGGCCAAAGGCGUAAAAAGACCUUUAGAACCCGAUUCAACUCCAGAAUCUACACCAGAGAAAGGAAAACAAAAAAAUAGAAAGCGCUGCUUCCAGUGUAAUGCAAAGCUAGAGUUAGCGCAAAGACAGAUAGGAAGAUGUCGAUGUGAAUUGAUCUUCUGUUCAUUACAUAGACUGCCUGAGCUCCAUAACUGUGAGUUUGAUCACAAGGAGGAUGGGCGACUUCAGGCUCGCCAAAAAAUGGUCAAACCCACCAGGCAUUUAGGAAACGAAUUUAGACGCCUCGAGUCAGAUUCUUGAAGAAUAUAAAUUGUCAUAAACUUUCAUUUCAUUUACAUCAAUAUUUCUUUUGUCUCUCGUAAAUGCCACAGUUUGAAAGAAGCAUGAAUUUCCAUUUGCUGAAUGCAUUUUUAUAGAAGAUGUAAAUGUAAACUUUAAGAUAUAUGUCAAUUUCUACGUUAAUGAUUUAUAAUUAGAAACAUGCUUUGUUUAGUUUUCUUUUCAAUUUUUCUCCCAGUGAAGUAAAUGAUGUCUAAGCAAUACUACAUAACUACAACCAGCUGGAGUGCUUUGUAUUUGUGCGGUAAAUGUGAUAAUAACACCGAUGCACAUUUAUUUGCCGAACAAUUUUAUAAACCUAUCACUUCAUUUUUUUUGGACAUCAAACUGUUGUCCUGAAGUUGAAAUAAAUAUAUUUCAAUUAUUACAC